AUGUCGCAGCUGCUUCGUCCGGAGAACCUACAGAACCGUCUCCUGUUUGCCAUUCCCAAGAAGGGCCGUCUUUACGAGACGUGUCUGACGUUGUUGAACGGUGCGGACAUCCAGUUUAAGCGUGCGCACCGUUUGGAUGUCGCACUUGUGACCAACCUGCCGAUUGCACUGGUGUUCCUGCCAGCUGCUGAUAUUCCUCGCUUUGUAGCGAAUGGUAACGUCGACCUCGGUAUUACCGGGCAGGAUAUGGUGAAGGAGUCGGGUCCGGCGGUGUCGGAUGCGAUCACAGAGGCGCUUGCGUUGGGUUUCGGCAAGUGCAAGCUCCAGGUGCAGGUGCCGGAGAACAGCGAGAGUAUUCAGAGUGUGCAUGAUCUUGUCGGAAAGAACGUGGCAACCAGCUUUGACCAUAUCGCUGGGGAGUACUUCCGCAAAAUCGAGGCUGAGGCUGGUAAGGCCCUGCCUAAUGGCCAACUCGCGACGAAGAUCCAGUACCUGAACGGCAGUGUGGAAGCGGCGUGCGCCCUCGGCCUCGCUGAUGGUAUUGUUGACUUGGUCGAGUCAGGGGAGACGAUGCGUGCUUGCGGUCUGAAGCCCAUUUCGACGCUGCUUUCGUCGGAAGCUGUCUUGAUUCGUCCUACCCAGCCCCAUGAGCGCACGAACACCGAACUUAUCAACCUGAUCACCGCACGUAUCCGUGGUGUGAUCGCAGCAUCGAAGUAUGUGCUGUGCCAAUACAACAUUCAGAAGCACAACCUCGCCAAGGCGCUGGAGAUUACUCCUGGCCGUCGUGCUGCGACUGUGAGUCCGUUGGAAGAGUCUGACUGGAACGCCGUGUCAAGCAUGGUGUCCCGCAGCGAAGUGGCCACCAUUAUGGACAAGCUCGAGAGUGUAGGCGCCAGCGACAUUUUGAUUCUGAGCAUCAACAACUGUCGUGUAUGA